AUGGAGAAGAGGAUCGAAGGGCUGCAGGAAAUGAUAUCUUGCAGAUUCAAAGCACAUGUUAUCUCAGGAACUAAGCUUGCCAAAGAAAUACAGAGGGAGGUCCAGAAGGAUGUGGAAUCCUGGCUGUGUCUUGGGAACAAAAGGCCACAUCUUAGUGUGAUACUAGUCGGUGACAACCCUGCAAGCCAUACCUACGUAAAGAAUAAGAUAAAAGCUGCAACCACAGUAGGAAUUUCCAGUGAAGUUAUACUGAGGCCCAGCAGUAUUUCUCAGGAAGAAUUGCUGGAUGUUUUAAGCAAAUUAAGCCGUGAUUCCAGUGUUAGUGGUCUACUAGUACAAUUACCUUUACCAGAGCAUAUCAACGAGCGAGAUGUAUGUAAUGCUGUUGCCCCAGAAAAAGAUGUUGAUGGUUUUCACAUAGUAAAUAUUGGAAGGCUCUGUCUGGAUCAGUCAUCCAUCAUCCCUGCCACUGCUGCUGCUGUUUGGGAAAUUAUUAAAAGAACAGGAUUAGAAACAUUUGGGAAAAAUGUAGUAGUUGUUGGACGAUCAAAGAAUGUUGGGAUGCCCAUUUCAAUGUUACUGCAUUCAGAUGGGAGGCACGAGAGGCCUGGGGGUGAUGCAACUGUGACAAUUACACACAGAUAUACUCCAAAAGAUCAAUUGAAGAGCCACACUAAAAAGGCAGAUAUUAUCAUUGUGGCAGCAGGUAUUCCAAAACUGAUCACAGCAGACAUGAUUAAAGAAGGGGCCGCUAUAAUUGAUGUUGGCAUUAAUCACAUAGAAGAUCCAGUUACAGGAAAAACAAUGCUCGUUGGAGAUGUGGAUUAUGAAGAAGUCAAAGAAAAGGCAGGCUUUAUCACACCUGUUCCAGGAGGAGUGGGACCAAUGACCGUGGCAAUGCUUCUGAAGAACACUCUGAUGGCCGCCAAGAAUCUUGUUCACUAA